CCAGGUGCUCCCGGCAUGCCGUGCGGUGGCAGAGUUUGAAACGGUCUGCGUUCCCGGCUGCAAAAUGAGUGCCUCGCCGCUACCCCCGAUGUGGCAGCUCUACCAGCUCGAUACCCGCAUCUCUACCUUCCAGAACUGGCCUUUCACGGAGGACUGCGCCUGCACCCCGGAGCGGAUGGCUGAAGCUGGGUUCAUCCACUGCCCAAGUGAGAACGAGCCUGAUUUAGCUCAGUGCUUCUUCUGUUUCAAGGAACUAGAGGGCUGGGAACCAGAGGAUGAUCCUAUGUUGGAACAUAAAAAGCACUCAUCUAGUUGUGCCUUCAUCAGCAUUAAGAAGAAGAUUGAAGAUUUAACACUCAAUGAGUUCCUGAAACUGGACAAAGAAAGAGCCAAAAACAAGAUUGUAAAGGAGACCUCCCGGAAAAGAACUGAAUUUGAAGAGCAUGCAAAAGAAGUACGGCAUGACAUUGAGCAACUGGCUGCAUUGGAAUGACUCCUCUCUCCUUAAUAUCUUAUCCCACAGCUUAAUUGUUGUUUGUGAGACGUGUUCUCCAAAUAUUGGUGUGGAACUGCUUAAUGAUGCCUUACAACAGAAGAGAACUUUGGAAAUUUGAAGUUAGAUUUCAUCAGCUAUUUUUUGCUUGAAGAUGGUGCCAGAAGCAACUUGAUUCCGUCUUGCCCAGCUAGUGUUUAUGGCGUUGUGACUUCUGUCUUUUUUGAGCUAUUUUUAAAACUUUGGUAUUUUUAUAUUGCUGCCCCCUGGCCUUGCCAGGUGCUCGAUAAAGAUGUGGGUGAGAAGUAGAAGGGACUAACAGUACUGAAAUCAAUUUUUAUACAACUAUUCAUGACUCGUAAACUUUCUUAUAGCUAGUACUGUUAUAGUUACCAUUUGUUGUCCGAUUUUUUUAUCCCUGAAUCCUAGGAUUUGAGGGUGAAAAUGUUCUGUUUGUGGGUGAACAAAGGUAAAUAUACAAUUAGUUAAUUAAGGAUGCAGUGUUUUUAUACUUUGUAUAAUAAUACUUUGGAUUUAUAUUGUACUAUUUUUACAUUGUACACAAAGCAAUUUGAAUAUUAGUUCAUUUAUCACAAUGACCUUUUGAAGGUACUGUUGCCUUUGUUUUAUCCUAUCAGGAAUAUGAAUGCUUCCCACACGAGAUCUGAACGAAAUCACACUUAACAAAACCUUUGAAUGAUGCCAUGUGUUUUAAAAAUUAGCAGUCUGGCUAUUUGUAGCAAUAUCCAUUUUUUGUGUUAGUACUAGUAAAUACAUUUUAUAAUUCAACAAUCUCAAAUAUAGAGAAAUAAUGCCUUAAAAAAAAAAACCCAGCACUCGUCCUCUUAGUUGAUGUUUAUAAUUGAGUUUUUUCAAAUAGCUGUGGCAUUGUAAAAGGUAUGAAGAGUGUUGAACAGAGACUCCUGUUUCCAGGGCAAAGUAAAGCUGCUCUUCUGAUUUGCCUUCCUUUGAAAGAAGCUAAUUACAAUGAAAGAGCUGCACAACUUCCACAAAGUCAAAUUCUCAUAAUACCAAACAAGCCUUUUCCAGGGUCCUGGCACAAUGCUGUUCUUUUCCCCCUAGAAGAAUUCCCAAAGUACUUAUUCCUUUUCAUAGGAGUACAUCUGUGGAUGAUCGUGGCAAUGGUUGGUAUAGAAAACUUGAAAUAUGUUUAGGCUGCUUUAUGUUAUUGUUUCUAUUACCUUUUCAGUAAUGAUUAAAACUAAGCAGGUCAGUAUUCACCUGUCUUUCAAAUGGAGUAUAGUCACAUGGAUUUUUUUUUUUUAAACUCAGAACACAUGUUUUGUUAUAAGUCACAUUUUUAGAUUGGUACUCCCUCUCUGCAUCUCUAAGGUCAUAAAAUUCAUGGCACUUGGGUUCUGGUCACACUCUAAAGCUGCAGCAUCAACUGACAUUUGAAAACUCAGGGAUUUAUUAUUGUGGUAGAUAUAAGAUUAGAAAAAAAAUGAGCUAAAGUUCAUAUAGUAUAGCAGCUCAUAGCAUUGACAGAAAAAGAUUGGUGAAGUAAGAUACAUUUUCAACUCUGGCUACUUUUCUAUGGUAAGUCCUGCUUUCAACUUAACCUGCUCUGUUGAAUCAGUUGACAUUUAGAGUGUAAGCUGUUUGAGGGCAGGGACUAUGUCUUAUUUAUCUCCCCCAAUAUGUACCAGAGCAUUGGACACAGUAAGAGCUAAAUAGAUGCUUCUUGAAAGACCGCCAUUUUAAUUUAUUCUUACAGACUGGCAUGGGCUGAACUGUUAAACUGUUAAACCAAAACACUUAAAUAGCUCUUCAGGAAAAGUAAGUCAGAGAAGUUUUAAGUUUAGAUAGAUGUACUUAGCUGCUUUGCAUAAUUUAAAGAGGAAGUGAAAUAGAAGAUAAGGGCAAACUAAAUACAUUUCCACUCCUAUUUUUAAAACAUAGAGCAUCAUUCAGAGGUUUUGACGUGGCUUCAUUUUUCUGUAUUGUAAAUUUCCUAGGACAUUACAGACUCUUAUUUAAAAGUAAGCACAUUAUUCCAAAGCCUAUUUAAUGAACACCUAUGCAAACCUCUAAUGUGUGAAGAGAAAAGCCUUAUCUAACAGAAGUUGGCACUCUUAACGCUAAGAAAAACUUACCAAGAGGUCAGUGGAUUGUGUGCUUAUGGCCUUGGGGGUAGGCUAUUGUAUUUUUCUGGAGGAUAACUAGAAUCCCCUAAAAAUUGCUCAGUUGGUUAGCAUUGUGAAGACAUACCUGGUCUGUUUUAAGAAAUCUUUUGGUCUCAAAGAUGGAACAAUGCCAACCUUGCUUUCUCAGUAUUUUCAAUGUUGCUACAUUUCUCUAGAAUUGUCAUCUGGAUCAGUAAUGGGAGAGACAGUUUGUAGUAGCAUAGGCUUUUUUCAGCAUAAGUUAAUAAUCUAUUUCAUUUCACCCACCUUCAUGAAGUUCAACUGAAGAUUAGAUUGUUACAGUGCCACUGGAAAUCCGUGAGGAUAAUGUUAAUUUUUUCAGUGAAAUAGAAGACAUUUAACUUCCAAAUACUACUACAGACCUUUCUGAGUUUUCAAAAUCUUUUUCAGGCUGUUUCUGUGGUCCCAUCAUAGUCUCCUAAAUGAUCUUUUUCUGAUGCUACAAUUGAAACUUGAUUAAUUGUUCUGGCAGAGGAAGUGAACUGGCCUUGAUCUGUCCUGUAAGAACCAUGUAAGUUUCUGGACUGAUUUCUGUUAAUGCCAUUAGGACUUCUUCCUUGCAGAAAAUUAAUUGUGAAAAAUGUGCUCCAAAGUAAUUUGAGGAAGAAAAGGAAGAAAAACAUCGGUGAAACAUGUAAAAAAAAAAGUGAGAACAAGAGGAAGUUCAGAAGACAUGGAGAAAUAUUUUGUAACUAACAUGUUAAAGUUUAUGCAUACUUUAAAAGUUA